GGAGCAUCAGGUCUCAUUUUUCAUACUAUGACCUAUUAAUGUCUUUAUAACACAUCAACAACUGAGCUGGCAUCACGGUCUGCCACGAUACAUCGAUCAAAAUUGGAAAUUCCAACCCUACAAACAAAUGAUAUCACAAUAAACCAAGACCAGGAUUGAGUUAAUACAAGAUAGCUAAAGUUACAACUAGUCGAGCCAUAGUCACCAGAAACUACAACUAUACCAAUAAACUACCACAAAGUAACAAGCCAACAUGUCGAAUCCCAAACCACCCCCAGCUCCAUUAAUCUUACCCAUCGCCUCUGACAAACCCAAUCUUCCUUCUGCACCAAUCGGUAGAAAGCGCUCAUCAAUCUUCUUCCAUCAACCGAUAUCGAAAUGCGGCUCCUCUUCCAGCGUGAACCGCGACAACGAUACAAAUUUCCAUGCCUCCAUCGAGCAUGGCAUGCUUUUGGGUCUUCGCGGUCUUCCAUAUACUUCGAACAAACGUCACAAGCAACAAGCGCAACUCCUCGAAGUCGAAGAAAUCCCUGAAUUUUGUCUUCCUGGGCCUGCCAAUGCUAGAAGUGUGGAGGGAUCAAACGCCUUCAACACUUCGACCAAGCGUAAAGCUGGUGAGAGUAUUGCUAAGGACACGGAUUCUGGAUAUCUUGCUAGAAACAAUGGUGGUGAAACAUUCGGAUCAAUGACAAUGAAGAGGAGAGCUUCAGAUGCUUUUAAGAUGGCUCUUUGUGCUGCCGAGGAGAGCAAGAUUGUGUCAUUUGGGGAGACUAGCGUUAUUCCUACUAGGGGUCUAGAGGAGCUUAAGCUUGAUGAUGAUUCUGUCAAUGGAGAUGGAUCGAAGGCUGGAGGGGGAAAAUGAAGGUCUAUUGGAGGAGAUGUUUAGCUGUAUCUGGAUACUGAUUUGGUUAGGAAUGUUGGACUCUAAGUGUUAAUACUUUGUGUCGAUGCUUAUUAGGCAUCUGAAAUCUUAAUGGAUAGAUUUCAAUGUUUUGGUUGAUAUAAAUGUCCUAGUUGGUCUGAAUAUCUCAACUUGUCUAAAUGUAUCAAGAUGGUUCCA